CUACGAACUGUCACCAGUCGCCCAAUUCUGCUCUACGGCUUCCGCUACCGGCUCUACUGCAAUAGCGAUUUAAUAUAGCACAUCUUAAUAUGGCGAAAAGAAGAAAGGGCUCUGGCCCUGCCCAAGCCAAGGGACCCAAAGAGCUGGAUUCGAAAGACGCCCGCCUCGGCCCUAUUACUACCUACAAAGAUGUCGCCGAUUCGGAAGACGAAUACUUCAUCAACCAAGAUACAAUUAUGCUCGAAGAUGAGCCCAAGUCGAAACGGCAACGACAAGAUGAAGACUUCGAACUCUCUGACGAAGAGAUUCUUGGAUACGACGAUGAUGACUCUGACGAAGCCGACGAUGUUGAGGAAGAGGACGAGGAUGAGAUGCAAACAAUAAAGUCGAAAUCCAAGUCUAAAUCAAAAUCCGAUGACGUAGAUGAAGAUGAAGAAGGCGAUCAAGGCUGGUGGGGAUCAUCAAAGAAAGAAUACUAUAACGCCGAUAAUAUUGAGACCGAGGCCGACGCCCAGGAAGAAGAGAAGGAAGCCAAGAAGUUGCAAAAGAAGAAGCUCGCCAAGAUGGCUGAAGAAGAUUUCAUGUUCGAUGGCGAUGAAUGGCUAGCUGCUGAUGCUGAUGAGGAAGAAGAGCAGGACACGGUAACGGAGGUUCUGAAGGAAAUUGAGAUUACAGACGACAUGGGCACCGAGGAGCGCAACAAAUUGCUGGCUGCUCGCUAUCCCGAACUCGAACACCUCGCCACCGAAUUCCAAGAACUACAGCCGAGGUUGGCCGAACUUGCGAGUGAAGCCAAGCUCGCUGGUGAAAAGUCUCUAGAAACUGUCAAGUACUGGCUUCUCAGCUGCUAUAUUGCCUCCAUCACCAGCUACUUCGCCAUCCUCACAGCCCCCGCACGCGAUGCUGGAAACGUAUCGAAAGCAACUGACCCGGCCGAACUCCGCGACCAUGAAGUCAUGAGCACGCUGAUGAACUGCCGUGAAGCAUGGCAAAAAGUCAAGGAUCUUCGAUCUGCAUCUCAACAAAUUGCAGCCGAAAUGGAAGAAUCUGAGGAUAUGGAUAUUGACGAGCUUGCCGUUAAACCCUCCACGAAGAGAAACAGAACAGAGGAGAAGGCUGCUGCUCUCAAGAAGGCUAAGAAGCUGGCCCGCGACAAUGAAAUCGAGGCCAGCGUUGCUGACCUCUACAACCUCCCCAUCGGGAGGACGAAAUCCAAGAAGCAGGUUAAGGCUGCUCCCGUUGAUGACGACGAUAACUCCGAUUUUGGCGAAGAAGAUGCUCUGGACGCCCGUACAGCUGCCGAUAAGGCUGCGAGAAAGAAGAGUCUCAAAUUCUACACCUCACAAAUCGUCCAAAAGGCCAACAAGCGUGCUGGAGCUGGUCGCGACGCUGGCGGUGAUACUGAUCUUCCAUACCGCGAGCGCUUGCGAGACCGUCAAGCUCGCCUCAUGGCCGAAGCACAGAAGCGCGGUCAGCGUGAUUCGAAACACGGUGCUGACCUUGGCGACGAUAGCGAUGACAAUGACGAUACCCAGGCUAAUGCAAUCCGCGGUGAAGAGGAUGACUACUACGACAUGGUUGCCAACGCUGCCAAGGGCAAGCGCGAAGAAAAGGCCGCUCGUGCUGCCGCUUAUGCCGCCGCUAGCAAGGCCGACAGAGUUGUGCAAGUGGAAGAGAUUGGAGAAGAUGGCAAGAGAAAGAUUAACUACACUAUUGAGAAGAACAAGGGUCUGGCACCCAAGAGAAGCAAGGAUGCUAGAAACCCUCGUGUGAAGAAGAGAAAACAGUACGAGGCCAAACAGAAGAAGCUCCGCAGCAUGAAGCCAAUCUGGCAAGGCGGAGAGCCAAAGGGCGGAUACAAGGGAGAAUUGGCUGGUGUCAAUGUUGGUGUCGUCAAGAGUGUCAAGCUGUAAAUAUUUACGUAUGUUCAAAAAGAAGCAUUUGCAUUUUACAUGGUCAAUUUUGCUCUUGUCAAUAAAUGUGGCUCUAUUGCG